AUGGGCGACUCGGGUUCAACUAUCCGCGUGCAGGUUAAAUGGAUGGGUAAACAGUUCAAUGACCUAGAGUUGAACUUAGACGCACCUUUGGAAUUGUUUAAAGCACAGAUGUUCUCUCUAACCGGUGUGCCACCUGAUCGUCAAAAAUUAAUGUACAAAGGACUACUUUCCGAUAGUGUCGACUUACGUAAAACUGCACUUUGCAAUGGAGCCAAGAUUAUGAUGAUAGGUACAGCUGAGAAAUUAGUAGAACGUGAUGAACCAGUACGUUUUUAUGAGUUUAUAUCUGCAGAAGAACGUUCUGAGAUUUUUAAAUCCGUAAAAACACGUCGUAUUCCUAUAGGGCUUGUGAAUUUGGGUAAUACAUGCUACUUUAAUGCAGUAUUCCAAUUCUUAUUACCUGUAAGGGAUCUAUGGGACAGUAUUGACCUGUUAUCGGCGCGUGAAACGGUAGAUUCAAAACAGGAUCAAUACAAGUUUGCUCGUUCUCUUGUUGAGAUGCGUCAUAAUCUUCCAAACACAUUAUCUCGUUAUAUACCUAUGGCACAGAUCCAAUUACUUCGUAAAGUUAACCCUUUGUUCAGUAGAACUGAUGAAUCCACAGGGUUACAUCUUCAACAGGAUGCUGAGGAGUGUCUAAGCUGUAUUCUUAAUUGUAUAAACGGUUUAGGUGAUGCCAAGAUUACCGAUAACGUUUUUGGUUACACUUUGUCCACUACUAUACGUCGCAAAGAUCCUCCAGAAGGGCAAUCGUCUACACCGGUUGGCGGCGUUUUGCAAGAGCGCAAUAUCAAGUUGAACUGUUAUAUGGGCACGCAAUUGACCUCUGUAGGCACAUUAAUGGACGGUAUAAUGUUAUCUUUAAAUGAGGAGUUGAUGAAAUUCAAUGCCGAUGCUGGUUGUGACGUUUUACAUGAGAAGGUAUCUAGGAUAUCGGAGUUGCCCAAGUACCUCAUUGUCCAUCUCGUAAGAUUCGAAUGGAAGCAGGAAAGCGAAGUUUCCAAGACCAAUGCAGUUAAAGCUAAGGUAUGCCGUCGUGUGAACUUUGAGCGCGAGCUGGACAUAACACCCAUAUGUACCGAGGAAGUGAAGCCAUUAUUGAACGCUGCUAAUGCCAUUGUUAUGCGUAAAGAUUUCGAUUUAAAGGAAAGCCAGGAUGGCGGUCCUUUCAAGGGUUACGAGAUGUACCCUGGUAAAUAUGCUACUGGAAGAUACGAGUUGGAGGCUGUGGUCACCCAUCAGGGUCGCAGUGCCGAUGGCGGUCACUAUGUUUGCUGGACCAAGGACCAGAGGGAAGCAUCAACAGGUGAUACUGAUGAGUCUGAGGAUGCGAAGCCGUCUGGUGACGGUUGGCUAAUGUUUGACGACGAUACGGUAACAGAAUAUCGUUGGGGAAGUUUUGACCUCUGCGGUGGUCGCAGUGACUUCCACAUCGCAGUGUUGUUGCUCUACAAGGCUCAAUGUGUACCUGUUGCACCUGAACUUAGUGCUCCCGAAGGGACUACGGAGGAACCGGUGUGCGCUCCGCCGCUGGCGCCUUCGUCUGAUGCCGAGGCACCUGUAUCGGCUGAUGCCCCGGAAUCCGCUGUUACUGAAGAAGAACAGGAUAAUUCCAAUGAACCUAAUGAAGAGAAGAGCCCGGAACAAGUCGAUGACUCUAAUGAAGAAGGGCAAAGAAGUAAACGGAGAUCGCCUCCUAGAGAGAGUGGCAAUUCACAGGAAAAGUUGAAGUUUUUUGUUGGAGGAUUACAUCCUACUGUUGACGAAGGGGUUCUCACAGACCAUUUUUCUAAAUAUGGCAACAUCCUCUCGGUGCAGGUGAUGCGUGAUGCUGCCACCGGUCGUAGCAGGGGAUUCGGUUUUGUGACAGUGGCCCCUCAGGAGAAUACUCAUACUGUCUUUACUGAUGACCACAGUUUGAACGGUAAACGUGUGGAUGUGCGCCAUAUGCAGAACGACCCCAAUUCGACAAUGAAGCGUAAGAUAUUCGUUGGUGGUAUAUCCAAGGGCCUAAGUGAACAGAUGUUAGAGGAUUACUUUAGUCGUUUUGGUGCUAUUGAUCGUGUGACUAUUAUGCGUCAGAUCGAUGGUAGUUCCCGGGGUUUUGGUUUUAUCAUCUUUUCUUCGGAUGGUUCCACUGAGAAAGUUCUGGAAUCACCCAGUCAUUUUGUUUAUGGCUCCAAGGUAGAUGUUCGUGCUGCUGAGAGCCGUAUGAAACAAGCACACCACCGUUAUGAAUCCCAAUAUAAGUCAUUAGGGCCACAUGGUUACAAGCAGGGCGAUAUGGCUAAAGCUCGAAUGCACAUGGGACCACCUAAUUUCCCGCCACAUGGCCCCUCGCACAAGAUGCCUGUAGGUGGCCCUCUCCCUGUUGCUGGUUAUGACCCACAGCUGUUGCAGCAGCAGAUGUUGUAUCAGCACUAUGCAAUGCAGACUCACUAUGCUUAUUAUGCUCAGCAGUCUGGCCUUCAACCGCCUCCUAGUGAUCCUUCGCGGUAUGUACCUCAGCGUCCAACUUAUUUUGGCAAUCAACCAAACAGUCAGAACAAUAUAGCACGGUCAUACAGGUCGAAACCGUAUUAA